GUCAAAAUUAUAAAUAUGAUAAAACUCUUCUGAAAAAAAAAUUUAAACUUAAAAAUUCCCAUCCCCUUUCAUAACGAUGGCGAAGCAGGAUGAUGGCCUCUUUCUCCUGGAAGUACUCAUCGACAAAAUAGUAUUUGUCAAGAGUCCUUGCUUCUCUGACAAGGACUUCAGGACCUGUGUGACUAUAGAAGUUCCAUCAGUCCAACCGUUAGAAAUAUGUGAUGACGAUCCUGGAGCAUGUGUAGCUAAAAGUGGGGGACCCUUUGUGAAAACCUUCAACAGCGGAAAAUCAUGUCUGUUUUCACUUCAAGAAGGAGACAUUAGCAAAGCCAUGAGUAGCUUUCCUAUAAAAGUAUCAGUAUUCAAGUCACUUCCAUGCGGUUGUCUACCCACGAAAAUCAUAAUGGGAGAAGCUGUUAUAGAUAUGACAAAGGAAUUUGUACAAUCUCGUAAAAAGUUUUUAGAAGAUCCAACAAAUGUUAGCUACGAAGCUUUGAAGGAUUCAUUUCGUAUCGUCGGUCCAGACGGAAGCGAGACCGGUGAAGUAGUCAUGUUUUUACGCAUCUCUUGCUUUGGAAAAUUAAUUAUUACACGAUUCCAAGGUGCGAGUGCGCCCCCUAGAUUAGGAGGCGGUCGUGAUCCUUCUAUUGUGGACAGGUCAUGUAAUCCAAAGAGAGAAUUCCAAACAUCUCAAGAUCCUUGUGUUUGUGGCGCCGCACAAGCAGCUGCGAGCAGUAGGGCACACGGUUCAGUACCUUGUACCGCUCCCUGCAGGACACCUGGUGGGGGCGGACGCGGAGUUUGUCCAAUUGCUCAAGAUCCAUACAGUACUAUGCCAUGUGAAGAUCCAGAUGACCCUUGCUACUGUUCAGGCGCUAAGCCUCCUCCGAAACCACCAAUGAUGUGCAGAAACACUGAACAAUAUUGUUUACAUAUUCCCAAAGGUGUCCUGCCGAGCUUCCCGAUUUAUCAAGAUUUGACGGAAGAUCAAAUAACGAAAAUUAAAUCAACAAAGGAAUUGAAACUGCUUCAUAUAGAAGACCAUUUCUUCAAUGACUUCAAUAUCGGAUCUUCGAUACCGUGUUCUGAAACAACGACUGUAGUUGAAGACUAUUCACAAUCAUUACCCGAGAAAAUAAAGUUCUCAGAUGAAUCAUUUCGAACAAAGUUAGAUCAUUCGCUAACUUCUCUGUGUACCAUCAGGUCUAAGAGGCGCAGCGUAUCGUUUUCUGACAAGAUAGAUUACGUUUCUAAGUCUUACAGCCACUUCACGCACCACCGAAAGAGAUGCCAUCGCUCUAUCACACCUAGGAGCAUAUUUGGUAAAAAGGAAACUACUGUUUAUAUGACGCUGUUUGAUGAGUUCUGCCGCCGUCGCACUUCAGGAACACAAGCCACAGCUUCCGUUAACAAAUGUUUCCAAGCGUCCCAUACUAAAGCCUCCAGCCACAACACCACCUGUUGUUAUGACCAAAAUACCAGUAAUAGUUCAACUUUUAAUUCUUCGACAUUACCUUUUGGAAGCCGAAGGCAGUCAAUGCAGGAUAGCCGCGUAAGAUAUUCAGAUAUAUAUUAUUUCGGAAAAAAGAAUGAUAGUAAGGGGAUGGGAUCUAAAAAAACAGUACACACUGUAAACACUGCUACUGCUGCGAGUGAACCAGUAGCAUCAAGUACCGCCUCCGUACAAGCAAAAAUGCCAAACAACGCUACGGGUGCACAAACUAGAAAUUCCUGUUGUGGGUCUACUAAUGGCAAAACGGUUUCAAUUAAGGUAAAACCUUGCCCAGGUACUGUUGGUGCCACCAAGGGAGAAAUGGUUGCUACAAUCUCUCAUAUAAAAAUUUGUCCCCGAGAACCAUGCCCAGUUCACGGUAAAGACCCAUGUCAAGGGCCAAAGUGUAUGGUUGCUGCAUCAGGUCAGGAUGAUCAGGUGCCUGUUAAAGUUUCCACAAUGACAAAUCCCCGCCGAGGUGUUUUUGAAUUAGUAAUUCGUAGGAUGAAUGGAGCUCCACUUGCAAAGAAUGAACUAAUGCUAGAAUGGACUCCACCACCAGCUCGCCCACCUAAUUGCUUGUCACCAUGUAUCAUGUCCUGCCCUCCCGGUCCUUUUUGUCGUCCGUCAAGAUGCAGGAUACCUUGCAGCCCCUCGCCUUGUAGGCCCCCAAGAUGCUGUAAAAAAUCUUGUAAAAGGCCAUGCGGGCCGCCCUGUCGAACGCCAUGUCGAACGCCGUGUCGAACGCCGUGCAGAACGCCUUGUAGAACGCCUUGCAAAUCGCCUUGCAAAAGCCCUUGCAAAGUACCAUGUAAAAUACCAUGUAGAACUUCAUGCAUAACGCCAUGCCGGACGCUAUGCGUGACGCCAUGCCAAACGAUAUGCCGAACGCCAUGUCAAACUCCAUGCCGAACUCCAUGUCAAACUCCAUGCCGAACGCCAUGCAAAACACCAUGCCGAACGCCAUGCAGAGCACCAUGCCGAACACCAUGCCGAACACCAUGCCGAACACCAUGCCGAACACCAUGCCGAAUACGAUGCAGAACGCCUUGCCGAAACCCAUGUCGACCGCCGCCAUGUAAGAAAUGCAAGCCCCGUAAACCUUGUAAACCUUGCAAACCUUGCAGUCCUUGUGUACCAGCUUCUAAAUGUAGGCCAUGUUCGCCAGCGCCGCGAUGUGGCAGAUGCGCGACACCUCCUGCAUGCAGGCCAUGCGUAUCUCCGCCAAAGUGCCGGCCGUGCCCUCCAACUCCUUGCUUACCGCUGCCAUGCAAUAGUCCCUGUGGGCCAUGUGCAGCGCCCUGCAAGGAUUAUUGUUGUAGCUCACCCUGCACUACACCUUGCAAAAGUUCACCUUGUUUAAGACCGUGUCCUGUUGGAUAUAAAAGACCCCGCAAGAUUCGCAGCCAUCCUAAAAUUAAACCUCAUCGAAAAUUAAUCUCUCCGUGCUACAAUCGCUCCAAAACAUGUCCAGUGGUGCGGUGUCGCAGCGUGCCCGACCCAUGUCAAGGUUGUUGCACUCUUUCUCCCUGCCCACCUAGAAAAUGUUGCUCAGUCUUUCCCUAUCGGCCUCGCAAGUGUUACCCAAUGUUUCCAUGCUCUCCUCGAAAAUGCUACAUGACACCCUGCCCACCUCGGAAAUGCUGCCCGUCACCAUACAUGCCACCAUUCCCGUUACCGUGCGUGAUUCCACGUCCACCUCGUUGCUGCCAGUCACCCUGCUUGCCUCGGAAAUGUUGCCUUCCAGCACCAUGUACUCCGCAAAAGUGUUGCUCGACAUCUCGCUACAAGCUAAGUCCCAAUUGUUGCAAGAGUACCUGCACAAACUGCUGUUCAUGAAAUCAACAAAAAAGACCAAUUAUUUUAUAUAAUCACGAUAGUAAAUAUUUGUUAGGGAGGUGGCGCUAUUUUUAAAAGUGAUUAUGGUACUACUGAAAAUUUUAUUAGUAAUUUUAGUUCUCCCCUUAUACUUGUGAACAGUGAGCAUUUAAGCUGUUUAACAACCGUUGUAGUCAAGAAAUAUAGAACGUGAAAGUCGCCUAAAAAAAUUUACGUUAAGUAUUUUUUGUAGGUAGGUACUCAUAAAAUUUUGUGAGAUAGUUCUUUAUAUGAUUCUUAACUAGGAAAAAUUAGUCAGCCACUUUCGGCGCGUUAUUAUACACGUCAAUCACGCAGAUAAAGAU